CGUGAGCACUACAAAAAUAUAUUGUGUGGCAUGCAACAAUCGAGGCGCUUUGCGUGCCUCAGCCGAGCCAGCCGGCAUUCAAGCCCUCGUCAUAUAUUGCUUGUCGCCGUCACCCCGCCGCGGCCAGCUCAGUUCAGUUCGAGAGGGACUCAACUCCCGACCAGCCGCCGUGCAGCCGCAGAGCGGGGCGAGGGGGGCUCGCGCGCAUGCGUUCAGCUUUGUGUGUAGGGGAGACGAUACCUUCUCUCAGUUCGUAAACUGCCGUGGCGGACUCGCACCGUGUCGCCAUGAUUGCCUGGACAACUUUCUCGAUUAGUGAUGUGAUUCGAUACAGAAACGUUGUUGUCGUGACGCACUGUUGAACAUUGGAUAUUCUUGACUUCAUGGAUUGUCCUAUGGAUUUACUGUGAAUUUCGUGCAGUGAUAUGUGAUUAAUGAAUACGAACACAUUUAGCAAGAUGAAGUGGUAUAUUGUUAUAAUAACUGUGACAGUGUGGCAAACUACUUUGGCUGGCCUGACGCCUCCAGGAGCUUGCCCUGUGGUGUGUGAGUGUAUAUGGAAGGCAGGCAAGCAGGCUGCGGAGUGCAUACAGCGGGCGCUGAUCACCGUGCCGGAAAAGGUGGAUCCAGCCACGCAGCUAUUAGAUUUAUCCGGAAAUAAUUUACAAAUACUUCCACAAGAAGUUUUCGUUCGUGUAGGACUUGUAAAUUUACAAAGAAUAUAUUUAAAAAGAUGUAGUAUAGGUCAAAUACAUGAACGAGCAUUUAAAGAUCUUACCAAUUUAGUGGAACUAGAUCUCACUAAAAAUUUACUUACCCAAAUACCAACGGAUACUUUUAAAGAAGUCCCAUUUUUGCGAGACUUGAUACUGGCUCAAAAUCCAAUACGGACGAUACAUUCAGAUGCUUUAAAUAAUCUUAGUAAUUUAGUAAAGCUUGAUUUAUCUGGAUGCGAAAUCAGAGAAAUUGCUCCUGAUGCUUUUAGAACGGUCCUAGCUUUGCAUAAUCUAAAAUUGAAUCAGAAUAAGCUCAGAGAGCUACCUUUGGAAUCAUUAGAAAAAAUACAUGAUCUGAAAACUAUCGAUUUUUCAGAUAACUCGCUAGUAUGCGAUUGUCGAUUGAGAGACCUUAAGAUAUGGCUUAUUAAAAAGAAACUAACUCCUACAUCUAUGUGUUCGGCUCCAAAGCGAUUAGCUAAUCGCAUGUUUACAGAGUUAACUAUUGAGGAUUUUGCUUGUAAACCUGAAAUCUUACCCGUGAGCAGAUACAUUGAUACUGAAGUAGGAUCAAAUGCAACGAUUGUGUGUAGAGCAGAAGCUAUACCUAGUCCGAAUAUGAAUUGGUACUGGAAUGGAAACUUACUUGUAAACGGAACUCUUUUCAAUUCUCACCAAAAAAUUUAUAUAUUUGAAGAAGGGGAUGCCAAAAGGAAAUCUACUCUGAUUCUCACAAAUACGCAUAACACAGAUUCGAGUGAAUUUUAUUGUGUCGCAAAAAAUAAAGCAGGAAGUGCUGAAGUUAACUUUACAGUACAUGUAACACAGGAGCCUGCUGGAAUGGCAUCUUUAGGAAGCACACAAAUUGCCAGCUUGGGAGCGGCGCUGUUUUUGGUUUUUGUAAUCAUUGCUUUGGUGCUGCUCGUCACAUUCGUCCGGUUUCGACCAGCGCCUGUCUGCGAAAGCAAAGCCCCAAACACUUUGGACCGGGUCGUGUCCGGCAAUGAGGUACACCCGGCAGCUGAUGAUAGACCACAUGUUGCCGUGCUAACAGAUAGACAAGAAUCUUCAAACUACAUGGAUCCCAAAUGUAAUCCAGUGUCUAAACCUCCACGAGUAAAUGAAAUACCCUAUUCGACUUAUCACUAUGAAGGCCGUGGCAGUGUUGUUACUGCCGGUGGGGUGGUAGUGUCACCGACAGUGUCUGCCACUAUCGAUCCUGAUCUUAUCAAUGACACGAGACCAGAUAGCGGUCCGCGACCAGAGAGCGGUGAGUACGCACGCGAGGCUUCCGACUCAUUAUAUCCGUCAGGUUUGUGGGAACAAAUGAAAAUAAAUCAAACAGGAAAUCUUUCGCACGCCGUGAGUUCAGCCAUUCCCGCAUUUUACUCUGAUAGAACUCCAAUCAUAGAGAAUUACAGCGUUGAUGGCUCACAAGAAAAUCUAGGAUUCAGCAGUCGAACAUUUCCCCGAUCCCACAUCGCUGCCACGUCACUGCAGACAGCCCCGGGAGAAGGUCCUUACCCCCCGGACUAUGGGCUGCCAGUGGGCGCACGCACACUCCGCGUGUGGCAGCGAGCGCCGCCCGUGCUGCCUCCGGUGUCGGCCCUGAAACGUGUCCUAACCAUUACGAGGCCGAUCAGCGAUGACGGCUUCCAGGAUGGCUGUGCUACUGAUGUUUAGACUGUUCUAUAGUUGCUACAUAUCUUAACGAUGUCCCACUGUAUAAUAUAGAUAUUAAGCUAGGAUGCAUUUAUACGUACGAUAUGAUAUAUUAUGUAGGUAUAUAAUAUAUACCUACACGGGUUGUUAGUAUAGUAUUUUUUGUAAUAUAUUAUUUAUUUAGGUAGAGAUUGGAUGGAAGGUUUAAUUGGACCCACAUGUGAAGAGUCCGCGACUGAUUAGUUUGAGGGAUGUAAGUGUAAGUUGUAUAAGAUACGGAAUGGUAUUAAUGAAUGAUCGCCAAAUUAUUAUAAUAUUGAAAAUUGUUGAUUUGUUCACAUAGAUGUUAUAAUUAAUGAUAAUGAGUAUUUACAGUGUAAGCCACAUGUGUUAAUAAAAUACUAUCCGACGAUGUUCAAAUCCCUUCAGAAAGAACUGUAAAAAUUUAUAACAUAUAAAUAUUAAUGUAAUCUACUGUCGUUGUUACUUGAUGUAUCAAACUGGAUGUUUAAUAUUUGUUUUCAGAAAGUGACCAUGGAAAUAAUCGUGAAACAAAACAAAAUAUAAACGGCGAUUGUGAAAACUUAA